AUGGCCGACGGCGACGUGAAAAAGGGGACGGUGAAGUGGUUCAACGAUCAGAAGGGUUUCGGCUUCAUAACCCCCGACGACGGCAGCGAGGAUCUGUUCGUCCACCAGUCGGCCAUCAAGACCGACGGCUUCCGCAGCCUCGGUGACGGCGAGGCGGUCGAGUACGUGCUCGACCAAGGCAGCGAUGGCCGUCCCAAGGCCGCGAACGUGACUGGCCCAGGCGGAUCGUCCGUCCAGGGGAGCACCCGCGGCGGUGGAGGCGGAAGGAGCGGCGGUGGAGGCUACGAUGGAGGCAGCAGGGGCGGAGGGGGAGGCUAUGACGGUGGCAGCAGGGGCGGCAGCCGAGGCUAUGGCGGAGGUGGAGGAGGCUACGGUGGAGGCGGAGGUUACGGUGGUGGAGGCGGCGGGGGAUAUGGCGGCGGUGGAGGCGGAGGUGGCGCCUGCUACAAGUGCGGUGAGAGUGGGCACAUGGCGAGGGAUUGCUCUCAGGGAGGUGGCGGGGGCGGUGGCGGACGCUACGGCGGAGGUGGAGGAGGCGGUGGCGGUUGCUACAAGUGUGGGGAGGACGGGCAUUUUGCUCGUGAGUGUCCCAACCAAGACCGUUGA